CUCUUUUCUCUUUUCGCAGUCCUGCGUUAAAUUCAACACAAUUAUUUUUGUUUUAUUUUUGUAUAUUUCUCAUUUGCCGCACAUUCUAUACUUGAUUCUAUUUCUCCACUUCAUUUCGCCCUUCAACAUACAUAAUAAUAGUAUUAAAGCACAGCAGCAGAACAGCAUAACAAUAAUGCCUCGCUCCACCACCACCACAGCAAGGUAAACACAAUCAGCAGAAUAAUGUCGUAUGUCUGUCAUUUACGCAACAUCCAUAGCUGAUACAUAAAAAAAGUUUGACGCUUGCACAUUUGAUUAAUGUCAAUGUUUUUUCCACCCGUAGAAAGCGCAAGACUUUGGAGUCGGAUACGGACAGCGAUAUUGACCCGACUGAUUUCUUUAACGAAUCGCGCGCAACAGCACUCCCAAGGCCAAGGCUGCACCCAAGCCCAGGGCCAAACCCAAGCCGAAGGCCGCCCCGGUCUCCGAGGCCAUGAAGGUGGAUGCGAAAAAGGAAUAUGGAUUUCCUGCCAGCGAGCUUCCCGACGUUGCACCCAAAAAGUUCAACUAUGCGCAGCAUGCCAUGGGCAAGGGCUCUGGCGGUGGAGCCGGCUUGACAAAUCUUCCCGACGGCAUUCCCAACUGCCUUGAGGGGCUGAAGUUUGUUGUCACCGGCGAGUUUGGAGAUAUGACGCGCGAACAGAUCACCGACUUGAUCAAAUCAUUUGGCGGCAGUGGCAAGACGUCGUACCUGGUGGUUGGAGAUGAGCCUGGAUCGAGCAAGGUGAAGAAGGCGAAGACCAUGAAGACGCUCUGUCUCUACGAGCACGAUCUUAUUGCAAUGAUCCGCAGCUCCAAGCACAGAGAGCCGGCGCAGGCAGAGGAGCUCGAGGAUGAUUCCGAGCUUGAGAUUCCCAAGGCAGCAGCUUCGGUAGCAGUGCCCUCGCCCACAAUUGAAUCAAAGCCUGCCCCUGUUCAUGAACCUGCGCCUGCAUCUGCGCCUGCAUCUGCAUCAGCGCCAGCGCUUGCAGUUGAAUCAAAGUCCGAUUCUAAGUCACCAGCGCCUGCCGCUGAGCCGAGGGCCGAGCCAGCGGUCAGGCCGCAGCCCAAUACCAUGCCAGGAUCUUCUGCCGCUGUUCAGUCCGAGCUUUGGACUGAAAAGUACAAGCCUACCAAGCUCAAGGACUUGUGCGGCCACAAAACCAGCGCGCAGGAGAUUUUGAGAUGGCUCAGCUGGUGGGCGUCGGGCACGAUUCCUGAGAAGCGCGCUACGACUACAGCGCACCUUGUGGCUAAGCUCGCGGGCUUUGAUGUCCUCGAACUCAACGCGUCUGAGACGCGCAGCAAGAGCUCACUGAAGGAGCUUCUUGGCCCCGCUGUUGGAAACCGUAGCGUGCUAGAGUUUGACAAGCACUCGCUCAAGCGCCUCGAGGAACAGCAGCACAACGAGGACGACAAGGACGUGCUAGGCUCGGUAUCAACCAGUGGUGCCAAGAAGUUGCUGGUUAUUAUGGACGAGGUUGAUGGCAUGUCUGGCGGUGACCGCGGUGGCAGCGCUGAGCUGAUUCAAAUCAUCAAGCGCUCCCGCGUACCGAUAAUCUGCAUCUGCAAUGACCGCAUGUCGCCAAAGAACCUGCGUCUGGAACCGAAUGCCCUGGUGCAGAUGGUGCAGUCCACGCACAACGACAUCCGCCAGAUUAUAAAUCUGAUGUCUAGCUACGCGCUGAGCAGCAGCUCAAUGUCGUACCUGCAAAGCAAGGCAUUCACCACGCUCAACCGCAAGGAGGUUGCCAUCGGGCCGUUCGACGUCAUUGGCAAGUUUAUGAACCGUGGCGAGAACGCAUCCCUGUCGUUCUCGGACAAGCUGGAUCUGUACUACAAUGACUUUUCAAUCAUCCCGCUGUUUGCCCGGCGGGCGUCCAAUGCCCUUGAGACGCUCGACUGCCUGAGUAAUGCAGCCGAUUUUAUUGCAGAGGCCGACAUUGUUGAGACCAAGCUGCGCGGCUCGCAGCAAUGGGGUCUGAUGCCGCUGCACUCUGCGCUGUCGUGCGUCGGCCCGGCAUUCCAUGUGCGCGGCGCGCACGAAGGCAUGUAUCGCUUCCCUGGCUGGCUCGGCCAGAACUCAAAGGCUGGAAAACUGUCGCGCUACUUGAAGGAUGUGCAGAGCCAUAUGCGGCUGCGCGUGUCGGCCGAUAAAACAGAGAUCCGCCAGUCUUACAUCCCGGCGAUGGUCCCGGAGCUGGUUCAGCCACUAGUCAACCAGGGAGCCUCUGGUAUUCCCGACUCUGCGUUCACGCGUGAGUACAAGAAGACCAACCACCCGGUCGCUUUCCAGCCCAUCGCCGGCGUGUCUUCGGUCAAUAAUGUGCAGGCUGCUGCGUUAUCCAGCUUGAAGCCCGACACUGAGGAUGUUAUUGAUGAUGACGAGGGAGCAGUCUACGACGGCGCUGAGGACGACGACAACGAUAAUAAAUCCAGCGACGACGUUGAGAACGACGCCUUGAUCGCCGCCGCCAAGCCUAAGCCCAAGCCCAGAGCGUCAAAGACCAAGGCCGCAGAGAAUGGCACUGUGGCGCCACGCAAAAAGAGAAAGGCUGCGUCUUAAAAAAAUUUGUUUAUUUUUUCUGUUGUGGAACGCAAACACAAACGCAAAAUCACAAUCACCAUCAAAACCACA